AUGGCUUGUCCUGUCACAUAUUCCCGGCGUAAUGUCUUGAUGCUACCGUUCUUGCUCCCAUCGUGGUCGGAAUCAGCCACCUCCGCCCUGGUAUGCCGGAGAUAUCAGUCAACUUUCCGUCGACUGAAGCAACGCCUACGCGUGAAACCUGACGCUUCAUUCAGCCCUCUCCCUCCCAAUUCUCCCGAACGCAUCAUCUACAAUCCUCCCUCCAGUGCUCCCUCAGUCUACCACACUCCUACCAAAUUCCUACCACCAAAUGAUGUCCGCCGGAAACUGCGAGCUGCUUCAUUCCCCGGAGACCCACUGCAACAACAGCAGCAACAGCACUCACGACUCCCGCUGGUUUUGCGACAUAAGAGUCAAACCAAAAACAUCCUGGGCGAACAGGAGAUCGCGGAAAUGCGCCAACUACGGCUAGAAGACCCCAUGAAGUGGAGCAGAUAUGCGCUGGCUCAGAGAUUCGGAUGCAGCUCCCAUUUUGUCAUGCAGGUGUGCGAUGCCGGCCCGCAGAAGAAGGCCAUCCAGCAACAGGUCCUCGAGGCUAUCAAGUCGCGCUGGGGCAAGAAGCGAACAAUUGCUAGGGAGGACAGACAAUUGCGAAAAGAGCUAUGGGCUAGGGAUCAAUAA